AUGAUGUUCCGAGAUCAGGUAGGUAUCCUGACAGAUUGGUUCAAGGGCUGGAAUGAGUGUGAACAGACGGUGGCACUGUUGUCCCUCCUGAAGAGGGUGUCCCGCACCCAGGCUCGCUUUUUACACAUUUGCCUUGAGCACUGGCUGGCAGACUGCACAGAGAUCCACAUCCUAGAAGCCGAGGCCAACAAUGCAGGUAGCUGGGUGUUUAAUCAUACAUCAUUAACAAUGUGUUUUCAUCCACCAUGUUUAUUUUAAUCACCUUCCAAUAUAAAAAGCCAAGUAUAAUCACUCAGUUAAAUAAAAAGCAUCUCUGUAAAAACUCUCUCUUUGUCUUCCGUCUUUAGCAAUUGUCAGCCAGUGGCAACAGGAGCCAAAGGAGAAGGUUGUGUCCUUGCUGCUGUCCCAUCUGCCUCUGCUGCAGCCCCGCAACAGUGAGGCCAAAUGUGAGUACAUGAAGCUGCUGCAGAAGGUGUUGAGUCACACCAUUGAGAGUAGCCUGUUUGUUGAAGAAAGCAGGCAGCUGCUGUCCUACGCGCUCAUCCACCCUGCCACCACACUGGAUGACCGCACCUCUCUAGCCAUGUGGCUUAAUCACCUGGAGGAGCACCUUUCUAGUGGCUAUGCACCUAGGGCCCCAUCCAGCCCCUACCACCCCCGCCAAGGCUCAGACGAAUGGCCAAGCUCUGCUGAGGGUUUGGACCCUGGCCACGCCUGGCAUGAUAAGUCCCCUUCAUCCAGCACGUCUCCAGCAGGCCAGAACGGACACAUGCCCUUCCCAGCCGGGAUGUCAUCUCCCAUCAACAGCAAUAACACAGGUACUGUUUGUAUUAUCAUCAAGAGAAAUGGACUCAUAAACUUCAGUUUUUGUGAGGUAUGAAGAAUAGAUUCCUCUGUUCCUCAUAAAUCUGUUGUUUCCUGUGUCAGGUUUAGGAGGGCAGCUCCAGCCCAGCCCUAUGAAGAAGCCCAUGUCCGUUAUUCCUUCCAGUCCCCAGGCUUGUGGCUCUGAGUGGAUUAGCCCGGAUGAUGCAGGGGGCCGGCAGAAUUUCAUUCCAACAGAUCACGCACCCCUCUCACCUCAGAGCAGUGUAGCCUCUUCAGGCAGCGAGCAGACGGAAGACCAGGGCUCCAGUCGCAACACGUUCCAGGAGGACGGCAGCGGCAUGAAAGGUCAGAGUUCAUUAUCUGACUGAGCCAAGGGCGUUCACAACAUUUGGCUUUUGUAAAAGGCAUGCUUUGCCAACAGCUGUUGCUGUACUCGCAGAGAUGUAACUUAAUUUUUCUGUCCCUCUGUGUGUAUUUGCUCUAGAUGUUCCCGCGUGGCUGAAGAGUCUCCGCCUUCAUAAAUAUGCAUCACUCUUCUCCCAGAUGACUUAUGAGGAGAUGAUGAUUCUAACAGAGCAGCACCUGGAGUCGCAGGUUUUUUAAGCCUUCCUUUUACAUACACUGGGGCCAGGCUUUGAUUAUUCCACCCUCCUUAUCAUUUGUGCACAUAACUGUCCCCAAACCUGAUGAUACAUCAACUCUCAAUGAGGCAUGAAAUUAAGCAACACACCCUACAGUUACAUUGAGCCAGUCACACAUACAAAUGGUGCGAUUUGGUGUCAGCCCUUUGGCUUUAAUGAAACAAAUGGUGAUUAGCUUUGUUAUUUAGUAACUGUAUAAAUUGCCCACUGUUCCCACAAGAAAUAACUGUCCUUCGCCGAGUGCGGUAUUGUAAUUUUGUCUCUUUUCUCUCGCAGAACGUCACCAAAGGGGCACGACAUAAGAUUGCCUUGAGUAUUCAGAAACUACGUGAGAGGCAGGGCGUGCUCAAGUCUUUAGAAAAGGUAAUUCAGAUGGGGUAAUGCUGGUUUUCUCAUGCAAAGGGGAGCAAUUGGUUUUGUCUUUUGUCCCUCAUACUGAUCAAAAAACGCUUUUUAGAAUGGACUCUGUGAUUAUUAUGUGGCAGUUGUUUGAGAUCUAUUGAGAAAUACCCUGUCGUAAUUAUUGGAACAGAAACAAAGCAGAGCUGGGACGGAUUCUUUGUCUUCCACAAAGCUCUUUCAAUAGACCCUCUGCUUGGAUAUCUAGUUUCCUCGCUUCAGAAAACAUCACCCUUGAACCUUUUCAUUGCAGGAUAUUUUGGAAGGCGGGAACCUGCGAAAUGCUCUCCAAGAGCUGCAACAGAUCAUCAUCACGCCCAUCAAGCCCUACAGCCCCCCGAGCACGACAGGGACUGUCCCAGACACGGCGACCGCCUCGGACGCAGCCACCUCCCCUUCAGAAGCAACGAAAACAGGAGCGGACAAAGAGCCGACCUCAGAGAGCUUCCAGACCCACAACCCUCCCCCCUGUGAUGGAGACUCAUCAGCUGCCCCCAUCUCAGAAGGCGACAUCGCUGGACAGUUCACCCGCGUCAUGGGAAAAGGUAGGAGUGAGAAAAGUACUAUAAAAGUAUUUUAACUCGCACAUAAGAAAAGGUUGAAGAAGAACAAUAAACAGCAAAUAAAUAAAUGUUUGAAAAAUUGUGUUUAAUCAUUAUUUUGGCAUACUUUUACUUUUACUUUUACUUGUAAGUAUGAACUGCAGUUGCAUCUCAAGAAGUUAGAAACUGAUAAGAAAUUGCAUCAUUUUCCAUCACCAUUUUGAGUAAGAGGAAACAUGAUAAAACCUGGAUUUAUUGCAUGUACUCUAAAAUGUUUUUCUCCUUUUUUAUUUUGCAAAGAAAAAAAAACAAUUAUUAUUAAAUAAAUAAUCAGAGCAUGCAGUUACAAUCCUGGAGAAGGCUGCUGACCCCUCGUUCAGUGAUAGUUGUUUAGAGAAACAGUCAUCGACGCCCUCCUCCAAGAGGAGUAAGCAGAAGAAGGUCAUUCCUGAAAAGGCCGGCUGUCGCUGGAGAGCUUUAUUGAAGCAUUUAAAUGGAAAGCUGACUUGAAGGGAAAAGUGCGGUGAGAAAAAUGAACAAACAACUGGGAUGACCGUAGCCUUGAGAGGGUUGUAGAGAGAAGUGGAUUCUAGAACCUUGAAAGAUUCUGUACGAGUGGACUGAGAAUGAUGUCCGUACAACAGGAGCCACCAUGCACAGACAUUUUCAGAUUUGGUUCUUUGGAAAUGUUCUUAUAAUCCGAGACCCACUGGAUUGCAGAUUUCAUGAACAUACAAUAUAUGAAAUUUUGCCUCUUUGAAAUAAAUCGCAAUAAAAAAAAACUUUUUAAAAUAUUCAAAUUUCUUGAGGUGCACCUGUGUUUUCAUGCAUAUAUUUUCCAUGCUGGCAGACUAAGUGGUUUUAGCAGACAUUAGUGUUUGAACCCUGUGCAUUUGUUUUCAUUUCAGUGUGCACCCAGCUGCUGGUGUCCAGGCCGGAUGAGGAGAACAUCAGCUGUUACCUUCAGCUCAUCGAGAAGUGUUUGUCUCAUGAGGUGAGAGCCUAUGGAUUUUUUUUUGGAAGGUAUUCAGUAUUUGCACGCACCUGAAGGUAAAGUCACACCACAUUACCUCGCAGUGACUUCUUCUUAGACUAUUUGGAUUGUUUCCAAAAGUAAAUAUAGCAUUACACUUGACUUAUCCUUUACGAAUCAUGAAUUCCAGGCACACCUGCCGAAUGUCUUCACAUGCUCUUUGAAAAUCGGAUGCCUUUUUUUCCUCCUCCGCUCUUUCCUCCCUGAUAUCAGGCUUUCACAGAAACCCACAAGAAACGGUUGGUUUCCUGGAAGCAGCAGGUCCUAAAACUCCUUCGCCUCUUCCCUCGGAAAGCGAUGCUGGACAUGCCUGUGUAUCGCCAAAAAGGGUGAGACUCGGGCCAUCUUUACCUUUGAUCCGCCGCUUUAAUGAGGGAGAUGUCACAACAGCUAAAUGUGACUCUCUUCCUGCUCCUUUCAGAGUCUGUCUUGUGCUUUGAUUCCCUUUAUCAUCUUUUCUCCUUUUCCUCGUCUGGCUUCAUAAUUUUAAUAAAAGAUAGAAUUUUAUUUGAGCGGCUUCAGAAGUUGAGUGUGCACUUUUCUUAACUCUGAUUUUUGAAGAUUUUUCCUCCUUUGCUUUGUCGUUUUUUUUCCAGUUGGACCUACGGGUCUAACUCCCUCCCCACAGCAGGCUCUGUGAGUGGAGGUGUAGCGCGGCGGGGCCAAAGGCAGUUCCCGAUGACGCCUCGUGGUCUCCCAGCUGGCCGAAUGGGUCUUCUGAGUCCCGGUGGGAUCGGGGGAGCCUCUCCACGUCACACACUCACAAGUCCUGCGCUGCCAGGGCAGGGUAGACAGGUCAGUUCUGCCGCCAUGAAAUAACUGAAGGGUUCAGGACAAAGUGGGUGAUAUGUAAUUUUUAUAAGAGUAGUUUUAGCAUGAGUUUGUGGCAGAGGUGGGGGCUUGACGACUCGACUCGAGACUCGACUUGGACUUGAGUCCCGUUUUUGACUUGCUUGAUGAAAUCAAGAAAUGACUUGGACUUGCUUGGGACUUGAUUGCUAAAGACUUGAUACUUGACUUGACUUGACUUGACAUUGAGCCCAGUGACUUGAAAAGUCAUGUCAAGUCUUUUCAAGUCACUAAAUACCUUACAGCAAGCCCAAACCGUUUAAAAAGUGUCGCAUCAACUAAUAGUCAGGAAUUACGGCCUUUGGUAACACCGUGUUUCGGUUCACUUGUUUUUGGCUUGUUUCUGGAUGUCUGUUUCCUUAUUUCUAUCACGAAACUUGGCAACACUGUCUCAAACUCUAGCCUCCCUCAUAACGACAACACCGGGAGGACUGAACAUGAAUCGCUCGCUAGUAUUGCCCGCCUUUUUCCACGUGUUGCCUUGUGUCUCUCUUUUGUUUUGUUUUGGAACAGUGAAUUAGAGUAUCAGUUUCAUGUUUAAUUGUAUUUGAGUCUUCCUUUUUUUGUGCACAUUGUCUAAGUUUCCAAUUAUUGAAGUUUAUCUGAUUAUUUUUUGUAUGACAUGUAAAAUAGUUUGGUUAAAGCUGCACUAUGUAACUUCACACAAACAAGAACCCUUGUUUAAUAAUAAAUGCAAAUAGUGAAAAAUGCUCAUGAUUUAUGUAAAUCUCAACAUAUAACAAAUGGUUUAUGGCUUUGAUAUGACUUGUUUUUGACUUGAAAGAAACGGUAAGGACUUGGUUGGGACUCGAAACAAAAAGUUCAGGACUUGGACUUGACUUAAGACUUGUCUGUGUUGACUUGGACUUGACUCGAGACUUGAGAGCAAAGGACUUGGACUUGCCUCAGACUUGAGAGCAAAGACUUGAGACUCGACUUGGACUUGCAACAUAGGGACUUUCCCCCACCUCUGGUUUGUGGUGCUCAGAAUUGUCUGAUAGUAUUAACUGACAUGAAAACAUACCUAGGAAAUCAUGAUAACAUUCAGUAAACAUUUGUUUUGAGUGACAAACAAGCUAAAAAGAAUAAAAAGACUUUGGCACUUUAAUCAGCUCAUACAAGACAGAACAAGAAGUCAGGCAUCACGUUUUGAUAUGUAUCGAUUUGUUAUCAUAGGUUGAAGAGCUUUUGUUUAAUGACUUUGCUGAAAGAUAAGCAAACCAUGCCACCCUCCCAGGGUGAGUGGCAUUUUUGUAAUGAGAACUUGUGUUUCCUCUGUAGAGCUUAUGGUUUGCCAACCCUGGGGGCAGUAACAGCAUGCCAAGUCAGAGUCGCAGCUCUGUGCAGCGGACCCACUCCCUCCCUGUCCACACGUCCCCACAAACCAUGCUCAUGUUCCAGCAGCAAGGUAUUGUAUGAGGUUAAGCCUCUUUUUGUCUUCAUUAAAAACUAACCGCCAUUGAUUAUGUUUUAAUAUGCUCCAGCAAAAAAUGACUUUAACAACAAACUGUGCCAGUGAUCAUUUUAACACACCAGUAUUCUGAAACUUUGCUUUCUGUUGCCCGUUUUAAGUUAAAAAUCCUUUCUUUUCAGCCAAAGUGAGAAGGGUUUGUUGAAUGGAGAUGAUAUAACACAGGCUGCAUCAUCUUUUAAAAAAACAAUAUAAAAAAAGGAAGAAAGAGAUGCUUUCUGGUCAGCUGCCAGAACAGUAAGCUGCUCUCCCUCUGUGCCAAGGACAAUAUAACAAGACAGCUUAGCUGCAUGUCCCAGUAAACAAUCUGUCACCCCUUACAAUAUACAUAACCUUUUAGUUGCUUUGUCUCAUGUGCCAGAUGCCACACCAGAGCUUUGAAAUUCAUCUGUGAUGGCUCAGUUAUUUUUGAACAGAGCCAUCAUCAUUAUCAUAAGACAUUUGCAUAAAAAAAGCACAAUAUCUGAGCUGAAGCUGGAGCCAGAAGGGGUCAGUAGAUGUAUGAGGCCAGAAAUGUAACAUGUACAUGUUUACAGCCAGGGGUCAAGCUGCUAAGUUUUCGACUACUUCAUGAUUUGGACUUUUAUCAUCAUUCUGGUCGUGAUGAUGCUCCAGUGUCGCAUGGAGUCAUCGCAGCUGGGUUCGGCAAUCAGGCCAGAGAAGGUUUUGAAUAGGAAGUUUAAGGCAUUGAGGUUACAGAAGAAAAUAAAUUGAGACAGUAGCACUGUAAAUACAAAUAAAAGCAUAUCAAAUAGAUGAGGAGGAGAAAGCUCACAGUCAAAUGCUAGACUAAUUUCGAGAAAAUAGGGGUGAGCUUGCUUAAAGGGAUAUUCCGGUGUAAAAUUUAAUUUAGGGUCAAACACACCGUAACACCGAGGUUGGACACCUCCUCGAGAGAUGAAUGUUGCUGACUGAUUGCUUCUCUGGUCAUACCAACUUUAGUAACGACCACACGAUAGCAAUACACAGCGGUCUCAGGAGCCAUACACAAACCUCAACCAAAACACCACUCUAUAGCCACAAAUAAUGCUCAGAACAGCACCUAACUUCAUCAACUGGACAUAUAGGGUCCUAGCCACCAAACAUUUUUUUAACUUUGCCUUAUUUCUUUAGCAAAGAGACUAAACACAACUCACCAUCUCUCUUCCAGCAGCUGCUUGUUUGAAACGCGAGCUUGGGCCAGUCCUUUACGGACUACUGCGGGGUGACACAGCUCAAGGAAGAACAUUUAUGAUCCUUUAUUUAUCAUUUCCUUGAAGUAAUAAUCAGAUGCGGUAGUUCCUCUGCCUUAGUGUCUCGGUCUGAUUGCAUUUCCAUGGGAUAUUAAAGGGAUAUUAUGCCAGAAUAUACCUUUGAUAAGAAGAUAAUAUUGGAAAAUCAGUUUACUCAUAAAGCAUAAACUGACUUUGAUGAGCUUCAUCACUUUGAUUGAGUAAAGAUGCACUAAUAAUCCUUACAGUAUGUUUUCAUCAUAGUUAAUGAUGAUAUUUCAUUGAAUAAUUUCUGUGUUAAUGUGGAAAACAUUAGACUGAAUGCGACAAAGAUGUAAUAAACAAGGACACCGACUAUGUUUGAAUGACAUUUAAAAAGGUGAAGGUGUUUGAGGUCUUAACAAGUAGAUAAAUAUUUAUAAGAUCUUAAACGGUUUAUAAGAUUUAGUGAUGAAUGAGGGUUUAUAUCAAAUUGCUGCAUUUAUAAGCAUACAACUGUUAAAGCACUUAAAACUGUAUUAAAUAAGUUCUCAUAUUGGAAGAACUGUUAAGUUUCAGAAAAAGACAAACCUCGUAUAAAAAGAACUUAUUUUCCCUCAAUUUUCACAACACCAUAGCUGAUAACUAAUUCAACACUGUGUCUGAAAUCUUUUUAAAACAUGCUGACUGAAACUCUUCAUUAUCACCUGAAUCUUCAUCUGGUAAAACGUCAUUAUAAACGGUGUACCUGUCACUUUAGCACGUGUGUCUUCGGUUGUUGUGCUCAGCUGAUUACUCUGUUGAGCUUGUUUCUUCUCGAUGUUGUUUGCGUCUAAUUAGUAAUUCUGUGACAGCAAAUUGUGAGUGAAAGUAACCAUAACCUUCAACCAUAGAGGUGUCUCUGAUAAGAUGAUGUUUUGUUUAUUGCACCUUUCUCUCAACACCAAGCUCCCUUUACUUGAACUGACGUGUCUCACAACUUUAUAGCAUGCUACAUACACCUUGUCAGCGAGGUGUUGUUGUAAAUUUCUUGUACUUAAACCUGGCAGCGCAGAAGCAGACAUGAACCAACGGGUGUGACACGCUACACAUGUUCUUGAGGUUCUAAUCUGAGGUCAAGUGUUGCUGCUGACCUGUACGCUUAGGUCCCAUUUCUGAGGUUAUUCUCUUGUCUUUUCUAUGAUCGGUAAUAUUGCAGGUCAUGUCUGCAGCUUCUUGAGACAGAUAGUUAUUAAAACCUGAGAUCACAACAUGACUAGAGUGCUUCGUAGGCAACCACUUGUGAUCACGUCCUGGUCUGUGAGUUUUCUAAUGUAAGCCCUGGCUCAUGUACACUAAACACACCCUUUAGGGAACAGAUCUUUUCCCUCACCUCAGAGAAAAACGGCUUUCUCGCUUAUACGUUGAGACAGACUACAUUUCCAUCAGAUCCCAUCAUCGUCACUUGCAGCAAAUUUAUUGCGCACCGUGGCUUGAGUCUGAUCCCUUUUGGCUCCUCGUGUAUUUUAAGGAAAUGUGUGAAGAGUCAAGUCAAAUUUUAUUCUUACAGCACAAAAUCACAACCCCAAAUUUUGCCUCCGGGGACUUGAUUGUCUGAACGGCUUAUGACACCCCGUACGCAGAGACCCUUGAUUCAGAUAAGAAAAAAACAACAAAGGAGAGGAAGACACCUCAGGAGGAGCGAGAAGUAUUUCCCCAAAGGCACAGAGAUGCGAUACAUCCAGACUUUUUAAAAACAGGCAGAUAAAACGCCAGUUUGUGCAAAUCAUGAUGCACCAAGUACAUGGUAGGAGGGUUAUGAAAUGACUAAAAAUAGACUGAAGACACCAGACACAGCCUACGCACUGUUUUAUUUUCUAAAUAAAAAACACUCAUCUGUCAUCUGUGCUUGUUUACAUCUGGUAGUAGAGUAUUAAAGCAGCAUCUGUUACCUGCACUACAGGAGAUGAUGAAAACAUCAAUAACCCGCUCAGCCAAGGACUAACUCUGGUACUGGGUGGUGAAAGUGUUGAAAUCAUUUAGUUGGCUAACUGCACAGAUCCAUAAUUUUGACACAUUUUAUGUCCCCGAAAAUAAAACAGACACUCUCUAAAGAGCUGCUGUGGUGAUCCACUUAAUCCUUAACCUUGAAUUUUGCACGGGUACUGUCAUUUAGAUUGGUGCGGAAACAUUAGAUGCUGCUGUAAACUUUAAAUCAAACUGUCAAAGAGUCUGUAAUAUGGUAAAACUUGUCUUGCCGACUAAAAUCUAAAAUAACUCACAGCAUUUAACAUCAACUAGAUUUUAUUCCAUGAGGUCAAUAAGUUUCUGAAUAUUACUUUGCACAAAUCAGAUUCAAAGAAUUUUGGCUAUGUUCACACUGCAGGUCACUUCUGAUUUUUUAACCAUAUGUGACACAUAUCUGGUUUUUCAUGUAAAUGUGAACGGUGCAAUUCUAAUUUUUUCAAAUCCAACCCAGGCCUCUUUUGUAUGUGGAUAUAAAUUGGAUAUGUAUCCGAUGUGACUGCAGUGUGGACGCUCAGGUCGCGUUCAUCCGACCUAUACAUCAUCAAUAUGCGAUAAACGUCACCAUUGUUCGACAACACAAACAGACGCAGAAAGCAAUUUGUGCUUUGUGCGCAUGCGGGUCACUUAAGUUCACAGACGCAUUCCGUUCACAUUAGAUGCCGCAUUCGUUGUUGUAAUGUGAACGACCCCACAGAAAGAUCGGAUUUAACAAAAAAUCUGAAUUGUGCAUCAUAACCUGCAGUGUGAACGUAGCCUGUAAUCAUUCAGCUUUGUCAUAAAACAUGCACUUCUAAUGCAAAUAUAUCUCCAAUCAUUCUUGUGGUCUGUUUCUACUUGUUCCCUCAGAAUGCCAAGUUCCAGGUGCCGACCUGGAGAUCAACCCCACGCUGGAGUCACUGUGCCUCAGUAUGACGGAGCAUGCCUUAGGGGGUAAGUGUCCUCAGCAGCCCUGCUUUAAACAGGCUCUGGCUGUCAGACCUCACACAAGUACCACUCAGAGAACAACACCUCAUUAUGUUUAAAAAACAGGCAUUUUUAUGAACAGUUUGUUCCUCUAGGGAUAGCACUGCAAAUUUGAACAAUUCACUCACACCUUUAAUAUGCGCAUAGAGAAGAAAGUCUUUAAAUGUGCAUGUUUCAUUAGUUAUAAUUGUAUGUUAAUAUUUAAUCACAUCUGAAUUAUGCAAUAAGGUAUUUCCUGCUGUGGAGCAGAGAUGCACUGAAUCAGCGUGCCUGAAUGAAAACAUUUACAUCUUUAUAUCAAACAAGGUUAAGCUCAGUGGCUGUGUAUGAUGUCGAUUAUGAUUAUUAUAUGUUUAUGAGUUUGAUGGAAUCAGAGAGAUUUUACUGGUUUAUCUCUUUUGCAGAACCAGACUUAUUUAUGUCUUCUUGUGUUUGUCUGUACAGUCUGAGUUCACUUCAGGAUUGGGGUUAGUGGAACCAUGUUUGGCUCCCUUUCCUACUCUCAGUAGUGCGCGCUGUAUUAUUCUAACACACUGAAACAGAAUACAUCUUCGUUGUGUAAAUGCCAUCAAAUUUUACCACACUUUUGUUUCACUCAUGACAGAUUGAUAUGAAUUUUUGAGAAAGUAGCAAUAGUGGUGACAUAAAAACCAUACUUUCCUCCAGCGUUGAGUUGUAUUUGCUCAACUCCCUGGAAGGAGCUGCUCCAAAUCCUGAUAAUUAUCUAAUAAAUAAGAUAUGCUUAGUUCAAUGGCAGGCAUACAAUAAAAGGCAAGGGAAGGAAUGCAAUGAAUGUCAAAAUUCAUGGGCACAUAAAAAGAGCAUCAAUAACUUUUUCUGCCCUGGGAAAAGACAGGAAAGGAGGCAAGCCUUAAAAGAUGAAGUGGGAAUGGUGCUGAGUAUUUUAUGUCUGUAAAUGUCUUGAAACAUAUUUAUUUCUACUCUCCCCUCAGAUGGAACCGACCGGACAUCGACAAUAUGA